AUGGACGCGCUCUUCACUAUCGCUGCUCCCGUUCCCGCCGAGGAAGUAGAGACUUCCGUCACAGCUCCGAUGGAUUUUGACACCUCGGGCAGUGGCUCAGGCGUAAACGGCGGCAAUGGGUGGUCCACCUCCGGAGGCUGCAUCAUCGCCUGA